AUGCGUAAUUAUAUUGCCCGUUUUGUUUAUAACCAAUUGGAUGAUAGUUCCCCAGAGGAAAAAAAUAAACAAAAAACUCAAAUGAAACGAAGAAUUGCCAAAAAGUUGAACAAAUCUAAUGAAAGCGAACUUAAAGAGGAGGAAUUAAACGAGAGUCUCUACAAAAUAGAAAUAGGAGAAAUGAUUUUGGAUAGUGGUUUAGUGGCAAUUUUUUGGAAGAAUAUAAAAAGUUGGUGGAAUGGUCCAGCCGAAGAAGAGGGGGAAAGUUCAGCCGAAUGGGAUGAAAAAUGCCCCAAAUGUGGUAUAAUCACUUAUUUUGCCAAUAAAAAACAACGCGAUGAGAUGUGGGUGGGACAUGGUUUAAAAAGGGAAGUCCCGCCUAACCAGCGGGGUGAAUGCGUAAUAUGCCAUUUAGAAAAAGAUAUCUGGCUAAUUUCAGAAAUACAAAGUAUUGAAAAUACGAGUAUUGUCGGAGACCAAACUCCCCUUGA